AUGCCCGCCGCUCGCACCGUCGUCUCCUCCCGCCUGCGCGACCCGGCCCCGCCGCCCCUAGUCUGCGAGGCGAACCUCGCCGCGGCCCAUCUCGAGUCCUGCGCCGAUGCGCGUCACCCGCCCCGGAUCCACGCGCGCCUCCUGCGCCGCUGUCUCCUUAUCCUGCCCUUCCACUGGAACGCCCUCACCCGGGCCUACCUCCGCGUCGGCUCGCCCCGCGCCGCGCUCCGCGUCGCCGCGCGCAUGAUAGCCCAUGGCGCCGACCCCGACCGCUACACGUUCCCGCUCGCCCUCAAGGCCGCGGUCCAGGCCGCGGCCCCCGGUUCGAGCCUGCGGCUGCAGCUCCACGCCGCCGCCACCAAGCGCGGCCUGGCGCGCCACCCCUUCACCGAGAGCGGGCUCGUCAGCAGCUACGCGAAAGCUGGCGACCUGCGCGCCGCCCGCAGGGUGUUCGACGAAAACCCGCACCGGGGCCUCGGCUCGUGGAACGCAGUAAUAAGCGGCCUCUCGCAGGCCGGCGAGUCUAUGGAGGCGUUGGCGUUGUUUCAUGAGCUGCGGAGGGGCGGCAUGGUACCGGAUGAUCUGACCAUGGUGAGUGUUGCUUCGGCGUGCUGUGCGCUUGGCGAUGUUGGCUUGGCGAAGCAGCUGCACAAGUGCAUGCUACAAUGCCUGCGCUCUGGCCGACUUGAUGUGACGCUGUCCAAUGCGUUGGUCGAUAUGUAUGCCAAGUGUGGCCGCAGGGACCUCGCAGAAAGGGUGUUUGAGAGAAUGCCUUUUAGGGAUGUGUCUUCAUGGACAACCAUGAUUACAGGGCUUGCUACACAUGGUGAUGAGCAGGGUGCAUUGGACAUGUUUGAUGAUAUGCAGAGGGAAACGGUGCAACCGAAUAGGGUGACGAUGUUGGCGGUGCUCUCUGCUUGCGCUCACGGAGGGCUGGUGGAUAGAGGGAUGGGUUUGCUGAAGCAAAUGGAAGAUGGGGAGAUCAAGGUAGUGCCAACUGUUGAACACUAUGCGUGUGUGGUGGAUAUGCUUGGUAGAGUUGGCCGUGUGGAUGAGGCACAUGCUUUGGUGGAGCAGAGAAUGCCAAUGGAGGCAAAUGUGGUGAUAUGGGGAACAUUGCUCGGUGCGUGCGAGAAGCACGGAAAUGUGAGCGUUGGGAAGUGGGCAGCAGGAAGGCUAGUAGAGGCUGAGCCAUGGAACGAUGGGGUUUAUGUGGUGUUGUCAAACAUAUACGCUGCUGCUGGGAUGUGGGGUGAGGUCGAGAGGGUGAGGAAGAUCAUGUCGGAGAGGAAAGUCAUGAAGUCUCCUGGUUGCAGUCUGUAG